AUGGCCUUCGCCGCCCAGGCGGCGCUGGCGGAUGCGUACUCGCUGACGAUUGUCACCGACAAGGGGGUGUCGAUCACGGCGCCGCAGGAGUGGGGGCGGAGGCUCGCCCAGGCGGGCAUCGACAACGUGCGGAUCCGCGGCGGCCGGGCCGGGGACCAAGCCGACAUUGAGGAGACGCCGCUCUCCUCGGGCACGCUGUACCGCAUCACCGGGGUGCUGACCUCCGGCGGCAAGCUCACGCUGCCCGGCGAGAGCUUCACCAUCGGACAGACCGCCAAGCUGCGCGACUACCUGGACCGGGUGCUGGCCGACGGCGGGCAAGCGAUCACCGCCCAGCGGGGGCAGUACGGUCUGACCAAAGAGCAGUUUGAGCACGCGUUCACCGAGCUCGGCAGGCCCAUCCCAAUCUCAACCAAGGGACAACCGCUGCGGGCCAUCGUGGACAAGCUCUCGUCCGACACGGGGCUGGUUGUGGCGGUCGACCCGCUGGUUUCCGCGACGUUCGCUAGGCUCGAAUGCCGCGACGAGCUGCAAUCCCUCUCCUACGGCUGCGGCCUGGCGAUCGCGCUGAAGGCCGAGGGGCUGGCGCUCGCGCCCGAGAAACCGCGGGGCGAGCCGGUGCGGGUGGUCGUCCGCCUGGCGAGCGACCUCAAGGAGCGGUGGCCGAUUGGCUGGCCCACCAAGGCCCGGGGCACCGAGCUGGCGCCGAAGAUGUUCGAGAAGAUCAACGUCGAGAUCGACGGGUUCUCGCUGCAGGAGGCGGUCGACGCGAUCGGGCCGCGGAUUGAGAUGCCCGUGCUGUGGGACCACGCUGCCAUGGACGCCAAGCGGAUCGACCCGGCGGCCGUUCAGGUCAAGCUGCCCCCGGCCAGCAUGGCCUACCACCGAAUCCUCAGCCGACUGCUGUUUCAGGCCCGGCUGCGUGGAGAGGUCCGUGUGGACGAGUCGGGCACGAUCUUCUACUGGAUCUACAGCCCCAUGGCAGACACGCAGCUCAUACCGCAGCAGUGGGCGCUUCCCGAGGCGAUCCGCAACCGCCUGGGCGACGAGGUCGGGCGGCAGCGGGCGAUGGUGCAUGACGGGCACCUGCUGCUCGUGCUCCACGCCCCGCCGGCGCCAGACCAGGACGCCCGCGAGGGUCGGUUCUUUUGGCGCGCGCCCACGGGCGAGUGGAGGCCGCAGGCUCUGCACCAUGGUGAGACUGCCAUCGGCGAGCUGAUCGACGAGUACGACAAGCUGCUCGACCGGAUUGACGCCGACGAGGAUGUGGCCCAGUCGGCCGCCGCGUACUUCGACCUGCUGACGCUGCUGAACCCGCUGGUGCGGGCCUCGCACAACCUGCACCAGACGCUGCAGCAGGCGCGCGAGGAGCUGCCGGACGUCCGCCAGCUGAUCCUGCUCCGCGACCGGGCCUACGGAACUGCCCGGCGGGCGGAGCUGCUGCAGGCCGACGCCCGUAACACGCUCGACUUUGUCAUUGCCCGCCGCGCCGAGGAACAGGCCGACUCUAGCCGCCGGCAGGCCAGGGCCGCCCACCGGCUGAAUGUGCUGGCGGCGCUCACGUUCCCGCUGCUGACGUUGUGCGCAGUCUUUGGCGCCAACCUAGAGCACGGCCUGGAGCAGUGGGACGCCGCCGCCACGGCGCCAACCCCGAUGCUGGCGGUGGUCGGCGCCGGGCUGCUACUGGGGGCGGUGCUGGUAGGCUACGUGACGCGCAAAUAG